GCGAAGUAGAAGCAGAAGAACAUCAACAAACAUGGCCGACAGGACGGGCAGCUAUGCCACAAGAAAGGGCCAUCGGGCGAUCUGGGGUCAGGAGACCGAGCACAGCUUGAUAGAAAUAUGGCAGGAACACCAGUGUCUGUUCGACGUGUCCAGUUCUCAGUAUCACAACCGAGUGGAGAAGGAGAAGGCGUGGAGGGAGAUCGCUAAAUGUCUCCAGCAGCCAGUUCAGGAGGUGAAGACCAGGGCCACGUCGCUCCGCACCCAGUACUCCAGGCUCAUAAAGCCCAAACCCAACGGGGGCGAGAUCAAACCUCUGACCCCGAGGCAACAGUGGCUCAUCAGGGCGAUGGACUUCAUCAAACCAUAUAUUGUGCAUCGUCCAUGUGAGACCGCUGUUGACAUGUCGCUCUGUGAGCUGGACGACUCAGAGGAGCAGGAGGAUCAUUCGGACUCAUUUGAAUCAGUGCUCCUGUCGAGACCUGAGACUCCAGAGACCCUGAUGCCCCGGGUGCUACGCUCGGCCUCCUCCUGCGAGUUGUCGGACGAAGGGGCUUCCCCGACGAGGGAACCUGCCCAAUCGGCUCCAAGGGGAGUCAAACGCAAGGCACGAACAGAGGACAUCGAGCUGCAGAAGCUUUUGGUUUUAAAACAAAUGGCGGCUAAAGUUGACGCUGAUCACGCGGAUGGGUUUACAACUUUUGGUAACCAGGUGGCAUCCGAACUCCGCCUAAUCAGCGACCCGGCAAAUCUCACAAGACUGAAAAGGCAAAUCGUCAACAUGAUAUACGACACCCAGGACUCUGAAAGAAAGCAGCCGCCAGCGGCACACAAAUACAAACAGAACACCGCGCCUACGCCACUGGUUCAGUCCAAGUCCUAGUGUUUUCAACCACCUUAUAACUGUUUUAUAUUCUUUACUUUUCCUUAAUAUAAAUUAAUGCUCAACUGUUUUAUUUUCUAUUUGCCUCAAUACAUCAUGGUUACUCUUUGUGUCA